AAAUUUUCAGCAAGAAAGAAAGAAUACAAACACCACAAACAGAAAAAUGGCGACAGAGCAACUGAGCCGCAGAGAUGACACCACGAAGGAAAAAGAGACUCAGGUGGAGAGAGAAAGAGUCCCACAAUUGGCAAGCCACUUUGAGGCCAUUGCUGUGCACGGCAAAACGACUGACCCCAGUAAUGAAAAAGCUACAACACCAGAAGAAACGAAGGCGAGACAAAGGAGUGAUGCUAGUGGAGUGGGGAAAGAGACGUAUGGCACCGGCAUUGCUAGAGGGACAGUUCAAGGAAGGGAGGAGGAGAGACAGGGAGUUGGAGGUGAGAAACCAGAAGACAGCCAUGAAUUGGCUGCUCAAUUUGAGUCUCUUGCUGACAAAGUAAGAGACAAGAGAGAGACUAAUACAGAGAAUGAAAGGGAGAGGCAAGCACGUGCUGAUAAAGAGAGAAUUGCUGCUCGUGAGAGAGAGCAAAAAGGUCGAGCAGAGGAAAAACGGAGAGCUUCAGAACAGGCAAAAGAGAAAGAAGGUGAAAUAGGAUCUCGUCAAGAUCAACCGACUCUUGAAGAAAUUUCCAAUUACAGAGCUAUAGCACAGCAGAAAUCGAACGAGGCAAUAAUGGCGGCAAAGGAACGGUAUGACAAAGCAAACAAAAAAUCACUCGAGAAAGGAGUUGAAGCUGGAACAGGGGAAGCAAUACCGAGAGGCACAGAAGAAGCUGAGGACACAGUCGAAGAGGGAAAUCAAUAUACAGGUUUAGAGACAGUGAAAGAGACGCUUACAAGUGCAGCCAAAACAGCAAAGGAUUACACCGCGCCAAUAGCAGAGAAGGCCAAAGAUUACACAGUCUCUGCCGGUCGAACAACAGCUCAUUACCUUGGGGAGAAGGCGGUGGUGGCUAAGGAUGUUGCAAUAGAAAGUGGGAAAGUUGCAGCUGAGUAUGCAGGUAAAGCAGCAGAGGAUUUGAAGGAUAAGACGGCAGUUGCAGGGUGGAGCACGGCCCAUUACUCAUGUGACACGGCGGUGGAGGGGACUAAAGCAGCAGCAAGGCUCGUGAAGGGAGCUGCAGAGUACGCAGGAGCCAUUGCAGCCAAGCCCUUGUCUGCUGCAAAGAAUGUUGCUGAAUCAACAGGCGAGACUGUGAAGGACUAUACAGCCAGGAAGAAAGAAGAAGCACAGAGAGAAUCAAUGUACAAGCAAACUGAGAAAGAAUCCAUGUACGAAAAAACUAAGGAAACUUUUGAAGGGGGUAUAGAAGAAGUGAAGGAAAGGGGAGGAGAAAGAGGUGAAGAGAACAGAGUUGAAGAGGAUAGAAAAGAUGGGGGGAUAUUAGGAGCAAUUGGGGAGACCAUAUAUGAGAUUGCACAGACAACAAAAGAGAUAGUGAUUGGGCCUGGUGAUGAGACUGGGAAACAGAGCACAUUAGGCUUUGAGCUUGGUCAGGAAGAGGGUGAGGAAAAAGGCCAAGAACAUGUAAAGAAAGAGCACUAUGAAACUGCGGCCAAGAAGGAACACAGAGCCUGAUACAAACUUGACUGUUUAAAGUGGUUUGUGAGUUUUUAUGUUUCGGAAUUCCUGGAAAAGGGUUGUGGGAAGAAUGGAUUAUGUGUUUUUAAGUUUGUUCGUUUAUGAGGUGUAAAUAAAAUUGAGUGUCUGUGGAUCCUCUUUGUUCUUUUGAAGU